AUGGAAAAGCUCGACCCCAAUGACAUGACAAUUCGAGCUGGCCCUGGAAAGGAGCUGAAAAUAACAAAGGAUACGGUGCACCUAAUUUUGGGUUUACCGAAUGCUGGGGGAGGAACUGCAUUGGGCAUCGAUGAAGCUGUUGUUGCCAACAAUUUGAGAGCUGAACUUGGGCUAUCGAAAGAAGAUUUUGGGGUUACAGCUCUACAAGAUCGUUUGAGGAAAGGUUCUGACGAUGAUUUAAGCAUCAGAUGCUUUUUCUUGAUAUUGUUCAAUAGGUUGUUGUUCCCUACUGCCAGCUGGGGAAUAACGAACCAUGAGGUUCUUUUAACCGAGCAGAUGGAUCGUUUCCACCAGAUUGACUGGUGCCAGCUUAUUUUCAAUGAUUUAUGCCAAGCUGCCAAGAAGUGGCAUAACAGGAGCGUUACGAACGUUUCUACAACCAUCUAUGGAUGUUCCAUCGUUGUUCUUCUGUAUUAUUUGGAUCAUUUGCAUGACUCAGCGGCACCCCUGAACAAACGUGGAUCACCACGAAUCAAAUACUUUGAUAGGAAUAUUAUUCAAGCCCUGACAAGAGCUGACAAGGGCAAGAUACGCAAAGGAGAAGAAGCAUUUGGACAUUGCUCGUUCCGAAGCUCCUCAGAGACCUGCUACACAGAUGUACCACCCGUUCAUGCACAAUUCAAGCAUAAGACCAGGACCAACGCUUUUGAUGUUCCUCGUCCUGACCCAUCUGGACAGCACUCAAUUCACAUCGAACUCCCGCUCAUCAGGGAUUUGAUAUCAAGCAAGCUUAAUCAGCUUCCAUCCCGCCACCGCAUGGGUUUCAUAGAGAAGCUGUCACAUUUUGAUGCGGAGGUUGGUAAGGCGUGUUCAGUUAUUAAACAGACUCUUCAGCAGAUUGUUGAGAAACAAUUCAAUCUAUCUGAUGUUUUUGGCGAGUUAAUUGAUGAGGUCCUCCGUGCCGAGGCGGGUGACAACGAAGAUGCUUAUGAUGUGCAGAAAACCACAUCAAAAUCAGAUGAUAUUCUUCCCCAGACAGCUGAAGGAUGUACGUGUCCGGCCCCCCCAACUGUACCCGAUAUGUCUACUCCAGUUUCUCAGCUGGAUACGCAGUUUACAGACACACAGGUACAUGAAUUACUGUUAAGGCAACAGCAUAUUCGUGUACUAUUAGAAAGUUGUCCCGAUGAAGCUGAUAUUGAUCUACUGGUUCAUACAAAUAUAACGAAACAGAACAAAACACCUACAACCUCAGUGGUAAUGUUUUUACAAUCAUUGUAUUUUUUCAUUCUAGGGUUGUAUUAA